CCAUGUUUCUCCCCAAUCCAACCAUUUAUUCAAGCACGCGAAACGACAAGAUGUCUAGCCGAAUAUCCAUGAUAAGGGAUGUUAUUGUCCUUCAAGAAAGGUAUGCUCUUCUCGACCGUAAAUGCUUCUCGACUGUAAGUUUCUGACAAACAGAAGUCCCAUUAUGGAUUUCUCGCCAUUAGCUGCCAUAACAUCGCCUGGUGUCGCCUUCCUAUACACCGGCAUUUUCGUCUACGCCUGUAUCUGCAUAGCUAUAGGGUUCAAGAUAGCCCACUCGAGGUGCAGAGACAAGAACGUCAUGGGCAUGCCGCCGCCGGUCACCUUUACCCUCGCCGGCCUCUGCUUCACGCUCUUCUUCGUCGUAUUCCUCAUACCCUUCUUCAUCCUGUGUCUCAUCUACACAGCAGCCAGCGAGCACGCGUUCAAAAGCCGCCGCCCGCGCAGAGAAGAAGAGAUAAUAGCCUCGCCUUCGCCUCCGCGUCCUAGCCCAUUAAGGUUUCUCAAUCUUUGGGAUCUUAGCUCCAACCUGAGCUCUAGUGACGUCUCCAGCGACAGUGGCAGCGAAGCCACGACGAUUUCUUCUCAUGGAACGCCCCCGCCACAAUAUAGCCAACACCACAGAGAUACUAGGAUCGAUCUCUUGACGGACGGUGCCCAGCCCGAAACACCCCCGCCGGCGUAUUUCCCCCCAGAUCGUAUUUCGGGGGAGACGCUUACGGACGGAUCCAAUCAGGGGUCGAGAACGUGAGUAACAAUUUCCGUCUGAUCGAGGACCACUUCACCAACUAGGUAGAUAAUGAUUUACCUACGGGUAGUCGUGGCAUAUACAGCGACGGGAUUUAGGAUUUGGAUUAUAAUAAAAGUUGGUUAAGC